GGCACUCCCAGGUUUCCUUGCGGACGGGGGUCACGUGACGGGGGUGGAGCGGAAAGGCGUUGUGCUUAACUAGCGCCCCCCAUCCACCAUGUUUUCUGGCCGUUUCUAGUUUGAUUUGUCCCCAAAACCAAAUGGAAAUGGCCGGGACCUCCAAGGAUCAUAGGCGCCCUGGCUGAGGCUGGGCUAACGCGCAAGCGCGGCGGGAAUAUCCUAGCAGGUCUUCGCGGAGAGAGACGAUGGCGUCUAGCAGUAACUGGCUGUCCGGAGUGAAUGUUGUGCUUGUGAUGGCAUACGGGAGCCUGGUUUUUGUAUUACUGUUUAUUUUUGUGAAGAGACAAAUCAUGCGCUUUGCAAUGAAAUCGAGAAGGGGACCGCAUGUCCCUGUGGGACACAAUGCUCCCAAGGACUUAAAAGAGGAGAUCGAUAUUCGACUAUCCAGGGUUCAGGACAUCAAGUAUGAACCCCAGCUCCUUGCAGAUGAUGAUACAAGACUACUGCAGCUGGAAUCCCAGGGGAAUCAAAGUUGCUACAACUAUCUGUACAGGAUGAAAGCUCUAGAUGCCAUCCGUGCCUCGGGUAAGUUAGCUGAUAAGGCAUACUCUAGAAUCUACUCUCAUUCUGUCCAUGUCUUCUGUGUGUUCUUCAGGGUCAAAGCACGAAUUGGGAGCUCUCAGAAACAACACCAGUCGGCAGCCAAAGACCUAACUCAGUCACCUGAAAUGUCACCAACAACCAUCCAGGUCACAUACCUCCCCUCCAGUCAGAAGAGCAAACGUCCUAAGCACUUCCUCGAACUGAAGAGCUUUAAAGACAACUACAACACGCUGGAGAGUACUCUGUGAUGGAGCUGCAGACGCCACCUGUGCAGCCUUCAUGCCGUCUGGCUCAGCAGGCCCAGACUUUGCCAGCCAAAGCUUCUGUUGAGGCCAGAGCUCCUUCAGAACUGUGUCUGAAGGGUCAUUCCCCAGUCCUUUUUUAGAGGCAUUUUCUUUUUCUUUUUUCUUUUUUUUUUUUUUAUCAUACUAUUUAAGAGGAUAGCUAAUAUCCACCUAACUUUAUUUUUAAAGCUUCUGAUACAUAUUAUGAAAUUAUUUUUAAGGAUGACUUUAAGAAUUCCCAGUUCUACUUACAGUGUACAUAUAUCUAAUGGUAUAGGAGUUUUUUAAAUCAAAAUAAUUUUCUC